CGAGCUGCAGGCUUUUUAGAGAGCCCCAUCUACGCGGUGAGGACCGCUGCCCCGCCCCGCGCCCGCGGGUCCAGACCCCCUCCCCGGCUCGCGCGCCCUCCCGACCGCGCGCCGGCCGCCGGCGGGUGCCACCAUCCCUGGCAGUUCCCUUCCACAAACCGCGCGCCGCGCGCCCGCCCCCGGCCACCCCCGUACGCGUGCGCGCCCGCCCCCGGCCACCCCCGUACGAGUGCGACCCGCGCCCCCGCCCCCGGCGCAGGCACGCACCGAUCCGUCAAAAUGGGCAAUUGCUGCGCCGGCGAGGCGGAGAACCACGGCUGCUGCGCCGUGCCGCAGGGCUCGUGCAAGGGCCGCGCGGCGCAGGUCAUGAGCAUCUUGGGGUUGGUCCUGGCCUCCAUCUUCUUCGUCAUUAACCUCAUCUUCAGCACCCUGUGGAUCGCCGGAUUCUUUAUGGCAAUCGGCCUCCCGGGGGCGGGCAUCGGCAUCUACAUCCAGUUCUUCUGCCUCCUCCUCUCGAUCAUCGCGUUCUCGCUCGGGCUCUGCUGCUGCACGGGCGAGCGGGGCUGGAAUUGUACCAGUGUCUUCCUGCUCGUGCUCGUGAUUCUUUAUGUGGUAGCGAUCGCGUGCAUGGCCAUCUCGCACGGCCGCCUCGACGCGAUGAUCGACGAGGCGUGCGACGAGGACGACGACCCCUACUCCUCCAACGACAACGACUGCGACGACAGCGGGCUCCACGGCGUCUUCAGCAUCAUGUACGCGUGCGUCCUCAUCAACGCCAUCUUCGCGGCGAUCGCCGGCGGCCUCCUCCGGUCCGCGUCGCCGGAGUGGGUCGGCCAGGGCGACGGCGACGCGCCUCCGGUGGUCACCGCCUCGGCCGCGGACGUCGAGCUCGCGAACACGAAGGCCUGA